GGACGCCCAACGUUCCUGUAUCCAAUCCUUGGACGCCACUCAGUUAUCGCCUUACUCCAUCUGUCAUCUCGUCUCCGUAUCAGGAAAGCACACGUUUAUCCAAUCCAAAUUGCGAAUGGCAUCUUGAGUACGAGAAUAUAUUGAAAGCGGAACAACUAAUAAAACCGCACAUCUUAAAGACCAAUUGCUUGGCAUCACAUUAUCAAAAAGAGUUUACAAUGUCAUUGUAUUACAAAUUAGAGUCCUGGCAUAAAUGCGGAAGUUUCAAGGAAAGAGGUGCUCUAAAUGUCUUGUUGCAAAUACCAAGAAAAGAUGUUAAAGGAAUAAUAGUCGCUUCCCUAAGCAACGUUGCAAUUGCUAUGGGCAUUUGUGGCGCUAAGCUAAAUAUCAAAGUCGCUGCAGUAAUACCUAACACCAUUACCCUAGCGUUAAAGAAUAAAAUAAGUGACUUGGGCGUACAAGUUAUUGUAGCAGGAAACUCAUUAUUGCAGGCACAACUUUACGCCCAACAGCUGGCCGAGAAGAACGACCUCAUUUAUAUUAACGGGCGUGAUGAUCCACGCAUGCUAGAAGGAUACGGCAGUAUAGCAUUGGAAAUUUUAAGGGAUAUUCCGUACGUGGAUGCUAUAAUAGUACCUGUAGGAACUGGAGGACUCGCCGCCGCUAUUGCCACCGUUGUUAAACACGAUAAACCUGACUGCCUUGUUUAUGGAGUGCAACCUGUAGCAACACAAAUAUUUAAUUUAUACAAACGAGAUCUAGAACAGCAUUACCAGGAGAUUCUGUAUAUACAAGAGCGUGAAUACGAAGGUGCGGAUGAGGAAGAGCUCGAGGAGUUACGAAAUGCCGUUACACAAAUUCCAGACGAGUACUCACCAAAACCAACACUAGCCGACAGUAUUGCUGUUUCGCAAGUGGGAGCUAAUUCUUAUGUUACCGCUGUAACUCUUCUUGAUAGAAUGGUCCGUGUCGAAGAAGAAUCUAUAGCUAAAGCUCUGUUACACAUUAUGGAAGUAGAGCAUCUCGUUGUGGAUGGAGCUGCUGCGUGUCCACUUGCAACAAUCAUUGAAAAUCUUGUACCAGAACUGAAGACAAAAACAGUUGUGUGUAUUCUGACUGGAGGAAACGUAGAUUGUACAGUCUACGCGAGAUCACUGCACAGGGGAAUGUCAGCUGACCGUCGUCUUGUCAAGUUUAAGGUACAGAUAAACAAUUCUAUAAAGGACAUUUCGCGAGUAUUCAAAAUUCUGUCACUUGGCGGUUACCGCGUAGUCCAACAAAACCAAUGUGAUAGAUGGAUGGAUAGUGAUACUCGCAGAUUAGAGCUAGAGAUAAUAUGCCAAGCCUCGAGUCCUGAACACGGAUUAGAGUUGAAAAAGAUCAUGGAAACGGCUUACCCGUACACUGUUGUAUUUGAAACAGCACCGUUUAACAUACAUCCUCAUUGCUCGUGCUUCAAACCACUGAAAAGUCUAAUGAUGUAGGAUGCAGGUGGAUUUUGGUAUUACUUACCUACCUACUUUAAUUCAAAACUACU